GGCCCGCGGGAUGUCGGCGGCGCGGGGCGGCGGGGCCGGUGCGGGUGCGGGUGGCGCUCCCGGUGUCCGUGCCCGUCGGUAGCCCAGCCCGGCGGAGCCGCCCCCGGCCCGCGGCCAUGGGGCACCCGCCGCUGGAGUUCAGCGACUGCUACCUGGACAGCCCCGACUUCCGAGAGCGCCUCAAGUGCUACGAGCAGGAGCUGGAGCGAACCAACAAGUUCAUCAAGGAGGUGAUCAAGGACGGCAACGCGCUCAUCGCCGCCAUCCGCGGGUACUCCUCAGCGGUGCAGAAGUUCUCCCAGACCCUGCAGUCCUUCCAGUUCGACUUCAUUGGUGACACACUAACAGAUGAUGAGAUUAAUAUUGCUGAGUCCUUUAAGGAGUUUGCAGAGCUGCUGCACGAGGUAGAGCUGGAGAGGUCCAUGAUGGUGCAGAAUGCAAGUGAUUUGCUAAUCAAACCUUUGGAAAACUUCCGGAAGGAGCAGAUAGGGUUCACCAAGGAAAGAAAGAAAAAGUUUGAGAAGGAUGGUGAGAAGUUUUACUCUAUGCUGGAUCGCCACCUGCAUUUGUCUUCCAAAAAGAAGGAAUCCCAGUUACAGGAGGCUGACCUUCAGGUGGACAAAGAGAGACACAAUUUCUUUGAGUCCUCCCUCGAGUAUGUGUACCAGAUCCAGGAAGUACAAGAAAGCAAGAAAUUCAGUAUUGUGGAGCCGGUGCUGGCAUUUCUCCACAGUCUUUUCACUUACAACAAUCUGACAGUGGAGCUGACGCAGGAUUUUCUCCCCUACAAGCAGCAGCUCCAGCUCAGCCUGCAGAAUACAAGGAAUCACUUUUCCAGCACGCGGGAGGAGCUGGAAGACCUGAAGAAGAGGAUGAAGGAAGCGCCCCUAACCUGCAAGCUCCCUGGGCAGCCGACCAUCGAGGGCUACCUCUACACUCAGGAGAAAUGGGCACUGGGCAUCUCCUGGGUGAAGUAUUACUGCCAGUAUGAAAAAGAGGCAAAAACCUUACGGAUGACACCCAUAGACCAGAAGCCUGGAGCUAAGCAAGGCACCUUGGACCUGACCCUGAAAUCCUGCGUCAGGAGAAAGACAGACUCCAUAGACAAAAGGUUUUGUUUUGACAUUGAAACUAAUGAAAGGUCCGGGACCAUCACGCUGCAGGCUCUCUCGGAAGCCAACCGAAGGCUGUGGAUGGAGGCUAUGGAUGGGAAGGAGCCAAUCUACCACAGUCCCAUUACGAAGCAGGAAGAAAUGGAGCUGAACGAGGUCGGCUUCAAGUUUGUUCGGAAGUGCAUCAACGCAGUGGAGACGAAAGGAAUCACCACGGAGGGUGUGUACCGGACUGUCGGCAGCAAUAUCCAGGUGCAGAAGUUGCUGAAUGCCUUUUUUGAUCCGAAAUGCCCCGGGGACGUGGAUCUCCAGAGUGGGGAUUGGGACAUCAAGACCAUUACCAGCUCACUGAAGUUCUAUCUCAGGAACCUGUCUGAACCCGUCAUGACAUACAAGCUCCACAAAGAGCUGGUCCUGGCUGCCAAGUCCGAGAACCUGGAUUACAGGCUGGGAGCUAUUCAUGCACUGGUGUACAAACUGCCUGACAAGAACAGGGAGAUGUUGGAGCUCCUCAUCCAGCACCUCGUCAAUGUCUGUGAGCACAGCCGGGAGAACCUGAUGUCACCGUCCAACAUGGGGGUGAUCUUCGGGCCCACUCUCAUGCGAGCGCAGGAGGACACUGUGGCAGCGAUGAUGAACAUCAAGUUCCAAAACAUCGUGGUUGAGAUCCUGAUCGAGCACUUUGGGAAGAUCUACUCCGGCCCCCCAGAGGACACCUCGGCCCCUCCAGUGCCCCCACCCAGGGUGGCUGCCCGGCGGCACAAACCCAUCACCAUCUCCAAACGUCCCCUGAGGGAAAGACCUGUCUUCUUUGGUGCUUCUGUGGAGGAAAGUGGAGCAGAGCGGCUCGGCCAGACCCCCAAUGGCGGCAGCGUGGAGGCCCCCAAGCCGCUGCACCGCAGCCGCCCGCCCGCACCCCGGCCCGGGGGGGACGAGCCGGGGCGUCCCCCCGCCGAGAGCCGGCCCCAGCCACGCACCGAGCCCGAGCUGGGCAAGCCGGUGGCCAGGCUGCAGGACGGAGGGGCGAAGCCGCCAGGCAAGGCGGCCAACGGCGUGGUGAGCGGCCCUGCCCUGAGGAGCGGCACCCUGCAGGCCAGGAGACCGGCCCCACGGCCGGGGGGCAAUGGCAGAGACGGUGACUGUGACGGUGUCCCUAAGCCGCGUUCCCAUAGCGAUAAGCCCGUGAUAAUGCGGCCUCCCGUGAGACCUCCAGAUCCACCGUGCAGGGCUCCAGUCCCUCCAAAGCUGGAACAGAGGCCGGAUCUGAUAGCAGGGACAGCAGAGGAGAUGCCCUCAUCUGUGGUGGCCUCUAGGACCAAGUUCUUUGAGACGGCUUCCCGAAGAACAGGCAGUUCUUCAUCACCACAAGGCAGGAUCCCAGGUGAUGAGAGCUGAGGCUAAAGGCUUUGUAAGCAGCUCGGCCCAGCUGGACCCAGGAGACUUUCUGUGCUUGUGACCCAGGAGUCACAGCUGACCCUGGCCAGCCCCAGUGCCCUGGAGAGCAGCCUUCUUACUGGACGAUGAUUUCCAAGCCACAAGCGGCUCAAGAAAUUAGAAGAGGGAGACCACGAUGGAGAGCAGGCCCUGCCCACAUGUCUGUGUUUAAACUGUUUUCAGCCCUCCCACCUCUCCUCCCUGCAGUCUGUGGCAGUGCCCGUGUGUGCCCGUGCACAUCCGGCAGCGUGGGCAGUGCUGUGGAAGGGACAGCGGAGCCACCAUUUACCUGCUCACUUUUGGGAAACAUACCUUGACAAGGGUGACCUUGGACAGUGCAGGGGCUGAGGCCCUUGGGUACAAGGGCAGAGCAGCUGCAGCUGGGGUUGGCCCCCCUUGCCCUGAGAAACCCCUUCCUCUGUGCUCGUGUCCCUUGCUUGGUGAGCUGUGCUGCGGUUGCAGUGCGUGGGGCAGCCGUGCCUGGGAACACUGCCCGUGCUGAGCAGGCUGGGCAGGGACAGGGGAAGCACUGUGCUCAGCUCUGUGGGACAUCUCAUCUCCUGGGCAUCAGCAUGUCCCUGUCCUGGAAGGCUGUGCCAGCGGGCGUGGCUGGGCGGGAGGCUUGGCCUGAGUGGGACUGCAGCCUUGUCCGGGGUCAGCAGCUUCUGAGGGUGCAGCUGGGGGAAGGGGGCAGCAGGUGCUCCUCCUCCUGUGUGAGCCACACUCCCACCACAUCCGCUUCCCACAGGCACUCCCAGAGGUCUCUGUUUGGGGUGAUUCUGGUGGGCCAGCACAGAGGUGCUGAGGAUCUGAAACUCACUGAAUGGGGGUCAAACCCACCAUUUUUCUAAGAUUUCUUGUUUUCUUGUUUAUUGAUUUCCGGUCUGAGGCGCCCAGCCUGUCCCUCAGCAGUGGUCUUGUGGGCAAUGUCUGUUGACCCAGGAGCUGUCCCUGGCCAGGACCUCCUCGUGCACCCCCAUAGCAGUAGAGGCUUGUCCCAGGGUGAUACACAGCAACCUGUGGCUUCCCCGCUUCCUCUGCCAGCCCAAAGGCAAUUUCCUCAUUUUGAAUGAUUUUCCUUAGGUGCUGGCAGCAUUCCAAAAGAGUGGGCAAACAUUCCACCAGGUGCUUCCCGGGUUCUCUAUCCCUCGAGCGUGCUGUGUCCUGCCCGGCUCACAUGUUCCGGUGGGAUGCUGCCGCUGUCCUUCCCGUCUCCCGGGGCUUUGCCUCGUGUGUGAUCUUGUGUCUGUUAUUGCUGGAUGUCACACGCUGGUGCUCACACGUUGUGUCCAUGGUGCUCCUGCUCGCUCGGCUUCAGCAGUGCCCCAGUUGCUCCCUCCUUUGGAUCUGCUACGUGAAAGAGGCUUUAAAACCAAACCAGCCUUGUGCUGUGGUGGCUGAGGCUGUGCCACAGGCACCACCUCGGGCUGUGCUGAGCGCCUCCUGCUGCAACCCCUUGCCAGCAGCUCCAGGACAGGUGUCUUGGAGUAAGUAGGAUGGAGCUGAAGUCAGAGGGAGCUGCUCUGACCAGCCCAGCAGCAGGGCCACCCACGUGCAGCACCACCAGCCCCCAGCCCUGUGGCAACCUCGUCCCCUCCUGGGGUGACUGUCCCAGGGUGUCAGUCUGGUGGCUCCCACACACAAGGCCAGCAUUUCCCAACUUCCUUCCCUGCUCAGGGCUGUGCUUUAGGGACCCCUCAACCCUUUCAGUUUGGGAAGCUCCCGGGGUUCUGCUGCUGUGGGUGGCCCUGGAGGUGACACUCCCAGGACUCGUCUUGCAGGAGCAGUGGCUGUCACAUUCCCCUCCUGCUCGCACCCACUGCCCGGCACAGACCCCGGAGACAGAGCCAGGCUCCACAGGCAGGGGGGUCCAGGAGCAGCUGAGUUUCAGUCUGACAAUGUGAGCAAUGGGGAGGAAGCAGCAGACAUAUUUCAUGGUGUCCUUUUAAAGUCCUUUGUCGCUUGUGUGUCUGUGCUGGUUUUUCCGCCUCUGUGGGUGCAGCUGAACGUGGGACCAGCAGUGGAGUGGUGGGGUGCUGGGGGAGAGGGGGCUGUGGGGCCCAAUCUCUGCUGCCUUGGGGGCACAGUCCCCACUGCUCUGGGCACAGUUCCUGCUGCCAGUGCCCCAGGAGCAACAGCUGGGAACUCGGGAUUGCCCCAUGUGCGCAGCAGCCCCCUGGCAUCAGCCCUGGAGCUGGUUUUGUGUGUACAAGCAUAGGUUGCUAUAUGUGUUUAUAAAGUUUCUAUGAAGUCAAACAGAA